AAAUUAUUAAUUGGUUUUCUUUAAGGUGUUCUCGACUCAUGUGGCUAAUAUAAAUAAUCGUGUGUUUUGAAAACACCACCUGUUCUUGGGUCUGAAGUUAGGUGGUCUGGAAGCCACUCGGCACUGAUCACAGUCUGGUUUGCAGAAUCAUCCUCCACUUUCCUUUUUUUUGCUCUCCAGUUCCUCUCCCCACACACUCUCUCAUGUGUGACAGAAUUUGGCUUGUGCUCUCCUUUGUCCCUAAUCGGACACAAUUCCCUCGAGGCAGUCUUUUCUCCCAGGGUCCUUGCUGAAGGAGGGGAAAAAAAAAAAAUGGGAGUCUCUUUUCCCGACUAAAGUGUGAACUCUAGAGAGGGGUUGUUUGUCCCCCAGCAGUUUGGAUAUUUACGUGAAUGUGAACGCAGAUGACACUGUGCAGAAUGCCUUCUGCAUGGAGACAUGAUAGUUUUCAUCAGCCAGGCAUCCUGGUUCCUCCUGCCCCAGUGUGUGCUUAAUGCUAACACGAUUCCAUACAUACAGCUUUUUGCCUCGUGAGCUUAUUAUAUUUCUCACACUUGCAUGGUUCAUUAUUGUGCAGUCGGAAAGGACUCUCAGGGCUGUGGGGCCAGCCUGGGUGGGUGGCUUUCAGAAAGGGAAAAGCAGGUGCCUUUCUGUGCUGAGACAAUCGGGAGUAAAAUCAGACUGAGCGGGAGACUCUGACCCGGAGGACAGGGGACUUCCGGCGAGAUUUCUGUGGAGCUGGCUUUGCCUAUCAGAAUGGGAAAGGUGAACGUGGGAAGAUAUUAAGGUGUCCAGCAAUGGCUUUGACCCACUGAAGUGGCCCCAUUAAAUCUGACCUGGCCCUGGAAUCUCCCUGUGAAGGGCGUGACGUUUGCCUUAUCUGAGAUGAGGCGGCUUUUUAAGGCAAGUCUUGUAAAAAAGACUGUAAGCUUGAUUGCAAGCUGCAACUGCUUUUCUUCCUCUCUUUCCUUUCCUUCUCUCCCUUGAAAAAUCCUAUCCUUAAACUCUCAAUGGAGAGCUGGGGAUGUUUUUCUAAGUUUGUGCAGCUGAAAAACAGAAGUGCUCUGUAAAGCAGUUAAUAGGAUGGGUGUGUGUUUCAAAUAAAUUCCUGUCCACAUUGGCUAAUGUCCCCAUGCUAGAGUGGCCUGGCUGUGACGCGGAUGGGGCCCAGAGACCCAUGGCUCCGGUUCUGAGGCCCCAGGCUCCUUUUUGUGGCCGAGGGCGCGCCCUUUUCUUCUCGCCCGAUUCUAGGCCAGCCCCUGACUUUUGAUGAGAGAGGGGUCAGCGCCUGGGAAGGACCGGGCUUUGUUCCCGCCGGGCCGGUUCCCGGGGCAGCGCAGGCCUAGCCGCCCAGGACUCCCGUCCCCGGGCGCGCGGCCCGGCCUGCCCAGAAGCCCGUGCCCGGAGCGCGGCCGUGUGUCCCCGUGUUCCCGCGGGCGCGGGCGCCGCCAAGUACCCGGCCUGCGCCCGGCACGACUGUAGAUGUCAGGCUUUGCCCGGGGAGCCGAGCGGCGGCGGGGCUGUGAGUUUCAAAUUAACCUUCCGCUUUGUUGCUGUGUAAUGUGGAUCCCCGAAGGCCCCCCGCCCUGCCCGCCCCCCUUCCCCGGGCGGUGAGCCUGCAAACUGCGAGUUGAGCUUCAUUUACAUAAAGCGAUUCCGGGCGGGCGGGCCGGCGGGUGGCGAGCCGGCGGCGGGCAGGCCGGGGACCCGGACGCGAGCGCCGCGCCCCGUGGGUGAAUCCCCGCCGCGCGCCCGGGGACCCUCCCUCCCCGGGGAGGGGCGACCGCCAGCCCCCGGCCGCCACCAUGAGCCCCCCUCCCCAGCUUGCAGCCCCCCUGCACCUAGCGAGAGCCACCUCGGAGUCCCGGGGGCGGCGGGAGGUGGGGAGAAUGCCGCCUGGGGUGCUUAAGUUCGGGGCUCGGGUGCCGCUGGAAUUUCCCAUUGUCGCGCGCGGCGCGGCCCCCGGACCUGCGAGUGCCUCCUCCCUCCGGAGGUGUGCGGAGCCUUUGUGUGCCAGGUUUCAAGGGGAAACCCUAAAAAUCACGAGUUCCAGGAGGCCAGGCUGGAGCAGGAAGCCCGAGUGCUGGGGCAGAGACCUGCAUGUGAGAGGAAAGCAGACGCCUUCCAAGGUCCGAUCCGUACUGGGUGCAAUGAAAGCUCCACGCAGGCCUUACCAUGGAAGGCUGUGACUCGCCUGUCGUCUCGGGGAAGGACAAUGGGUGCGGUAUCCCUCAGCACCAGCAAUGGACUGAACUCAACAGCACCCACCUCCCCGACAAACCCAGUAGCAUGGAGCAGUCCGCAAGCGAGAACCACGGGCCCCUGGAGAGCCUGAGGGCCCCCUUCAAUGAACGCCUCGCGGAGAGCACCGCCCCGGCUGGCCCUGCUGCCGAGCCCGCCGGCAAGGAGGUCAGCUGCAACGAGUGCUCGGCCUCCUUCGCCAGCCUCCAGACCUACAUGGAGCACCACUGCCCCAGCGCGCGCCCCCCGCUCCCCCUGAGAGAGGAGAGCGGGAGCGACACCAGUGAGGAGGGGGAUGAGGAGAGUGAUGUGGAGAACCUGGCUGGGGAGAUCGUCUACCAGCCCGAUGGCUCAGCCUACAUCGUCGAGAGCCUGAGCCAGCUGACCCAAAGCGGUGGCGCCUGUGGCGGCGGCAGCGGGCCUCUCCCUUCGCUCUUCCUGAACUCUCUCCCCGGGCCGGGGGGCAAGCAAGGGGACCCUUCUUGUGCUGCACCAGUCUACCCACAGAUCAUCAACACUUUCCACAUAGCCUCAUCCUUCGGGAAAUGGUUUGAGGGCCCAGACCAGGCUUUCCCGAAUACCUCAGCCCUGACGGGGCUCAGCCCCGUCCUGCACAGCUUCCGCGUUUUUGACGUGCGACACAAAAGCAACAAGGAUUACCUGAACAGCGACGGCUCUGCCAAAAGCUCCUGCGUAUCCAAAGAUGUUCCCAACAAUGUGGACCUGUCCAAAUUCGAUGGCUUUGUGCUCUACGGCAAGAGGAAGCCCAUCCUGAUGUGUUUCUUGUGCAAACUGUCCUUCGGGUACGUCCGUUCGUUUGUGACCCACGCGGUGCACGACCAUCGAAUGACCCUGAGUGAAGACGAGCGGAAAAUUCUUAGCAAUAAGAACAUCUCCGCUAUCAUCCAAGGGAUUGGCAAAGACAAGGAACCCCUUGUAAGUUUUUUGGAACCAAAAAACAAAAACUUUCAACACCCUUUAGUUUCCACAGCUAACCUCAUAAGCCCCGGACACAGUUUUUAUGGGAAAUUUAGUGGCAUUCGAAUGGAAGGGGAGGAGGCUCUCCCAGCCGGCUCUGCUGCGGGCCCCGAGCAGCCCCAGGCUGGUAUCUUGACCCCCAGCACCCUCUUGAACCUUGGCGGGCUCACCAGCUCGGUCCUGAAGACCCCCAUUACCUCAGUCCCCCUGGGGCCUCUGGCCUCCAGUCCUACCAAAUCCUCAGAGGGCAAGGACUCUGGGGCAGCAGCAGGAGAGAAGCAAGAAGUGGGCGAUCCUGAUUGCUUCUCCGAGAAAGCAGAGCCAGCCGAGGAGGAGGCGGAGGAGGAAGAGGAGGAGGAAGAGGCGGAGGAGGAGGAGGAAGAGGAAGAGGAGGAAGAAGAGGAGGAGGAAGACGAGGGUUGCAAAGGACUCUUUCCAGGCGAGUUGGACGACGAACUGGAGGACAGGCCCCAUGAGGAGUCUGGGGCCGCGGCAGGUAGCAGCAGCAAAAAGGACCUUGCUCUCUCAAACCAAAGCAUUUCUAACUCCCCCUUAAUGCCUAAUGUGCUCCAGACCCUGUCGAGGGGCGCAGCUUCUACUAGUUCUAAUUCUGCUUCUUCCUUUGUUGUCUUUGAUGGUGCGAACAGGAGGAAUCGUUUAAGCUUUAACAGUGAGGGCGUCAGGGCCAAUGUGGCAGAGGGCGGCAGGAGGCUGGACUUUGCUGACGAAAGUGCCAAUAAAGACAAUGCCACAGCACCAGAACCAAAUGAAAGCACAGAGGGCGACGAUGGGGGCUUUGUCCCCCAUCACCAGCACGCUGGCUCCCUCUGCGAGCUUGGGGUUGGGGAAUGCCCCUCGGGGAGCGGCGUGGAGUGUCCCAAAUGCGACACGGUCCUGGGCUCCUCCCGCUCGCUGGGCGGCCACAUGACCAUGAUGCAUUCUCGUAACUCGUGUAAGACACUUAAGUGCCCCAAGUGCAACUGGCACUAUAAGUACCAGCAGACCCUGGAGGCACACAUGAAGGAGAAGCACCCGGAGCCGGGGGGCUCCUGUGUCUACUGCAAAAGUGGGCAGCCCCAUCCCCGGUUGGCGCGAGGCGAGAGCUACACUUGUGGUUACAAGCCCUUCCGCUGUGAGGUGUGUAACUACUCCACAACUACCAAAGGCAACCUCAGUAUUCAUAUGCAGUCCGACAAGCAUCUCAACAACAUGCAGAACCUGCAGAACGGAGGGGGGGAGCAGGUGUUCAGCCACUCCGCCGGGGCGGCGGCCGCGGCGGCCGCUGCUGCGGCCGCAGCGGCCAACAUUGGCAGCUCUUGCGGGGCCCCCUCGCCCACCAAACCAAAAACCAAGCCCACCUGGCGGUGCGAGGUGUGCGACUACGAGACCAACGUGGCCAGAAACCUGCGCAUCCACAUGACCAGCGAGAAGCACAUGCACAACAUGAUGCUCCUGCAGCAGAACAUGACCCAGAUCCAGCACAACCGCCACCUGGGCCUCGGCAGCCUGCCGUCGCCCGCCGAGGCCGAGCUCUACCAGUACUACCUGGCCCAGAACAUGAACCUGCCCAACCUGAAGAUGGACAGCACCGCCUCGGAUGCGCAGUUCAUGAUGAGCGGAUUCCAGCUGGACCCCGCCGGGCCCAUGGCCGCCAUGACGCCUGCUCUAGUUGGCGGUGAGAUCCCCCUAGACAUGCGCCUCGGGGGCGGGCAGCUGGUGUCCGAGGAGCUGAUGAACCUGGGCGAGAGCUUCAUCCAGACCAACGACCCGUCACUGAAGCUCUUCCAAUGUGCCGUCUGCAACAAGUUCACCACGGAUAACCUGGACAUGCUGGGGCUGCACAUGAACGUGGAGCGCAGCCUCCCGGAGGAUGAGUGGAAGGCCGUGAUGGGGGACUCAUACCAGUGCAAGCUCUGCCGCUACAACACCCAGCUCAAGGCCAACUUCCAGCUGCACUGCAAGACGGACAAGCACGUGCAGAAGUACCAACUGGUGGCCCACAUCAAGGAGGGCGGCAAAGCCAACGAGUGGCGGCUCAAGUGUGUGGCCAUCGGCAACCCCGUCCACCUCAAGUGCAAUGCGUGUGACUACUACACCAACAGCUUGGAGAAGCUGCGGCUGCACACUGUCAACUCCAGGCACGAGGCCAGCCUGAAGCUGUAUAAGCACCUGCAGCAGCACGAGAGCGGAGUGGAGGGCGAGAGCUGCUACUACCACUGCGUCCUGUGCAACUAUUCCACCAAGGCCAAGCUCAACCUCAUCCAGCACGUGCGCUCCAUGAAGCACCAGCGCAGCGAGAGCCUGCGGAAGCUGCAGCGGCUGCAGAAGGGUCUCCCGGAGGAGGACGAGGACCUGGGGCAGAUCUUCACCAUCCGCAGGUGCCCUUCCACCGAGCCAGAAGAAGCCGUGGAAGAUGUUGAAGGCCCCAGUGACGCAGCUGCUGACCCAGAGGAGCUCGCUAAAGACCAGGAGGGGGGAGUCGAGAAGGAUCAGAGCAAGUGGACAGCGUCGUCCAGCCAAGCAGAGAAGGAGCUGACAGAUUCUCCUGCAACCUCCAAACGCAUCUCCUUCACAGGUAGCUCGGAAUCUCCUCUGUCUUCAAAGCGACCUAAAACAUCAGAGGAGACCAAACCAGAGCAGAUGUACCAGUGCCCCUACUGCAAGUACAGCAACGCUGACGUCAACCGGCUCCGGGUGCACGCCAUGACGCAGCACUCCGUGCAGCCCAUGCUGCGCUGCCCCCUGUGCCAGGACAUGCUCAACAACAAGAUCCACCUCCAGCUGCACCUCACCCACCUCCACAGCGUGGCGCCUGACUGCGUGGAGAAGCUCAUUAUGACGGUGACCACCCCUGAGAUGGUGAUGCCCAGCAGUAUGUUCCUGCCAGCCGCUGUUCCAGACCGAGAUGGGAACUCCACUUUGGAGGAGGCAGGAAAGCAGCCUGAAACCUCAGAGGAUCUGGGAAAGAACAUCUUGCCCUCUGUAAGUGCAGAGCACAGUGGAGAUCUGAAGCCCUCUUCUGCUGACCCAGGCUCUGUGAGAGAAGAUUCCGGCUUCCUAUGCUGGAAGAAGGGGUGCAAUCAGGUUUUCAAAACUUCCGCCACUCUUCAGACGCACUUCAAUGAGGUUCAUGCCAAGAGGCCUCAGCUGCCUGUGUCAGAUCGCCAUGUGUACAAGUAUCGCUGUAAUCAGUGCAGCCUGGCUUUCAAGACCAUUGAAAAGCUGCAGCUCCAUUCUCAGUACCACGUGAUCAGAGCUGCCACAAUGUGCUGUCUUUGUCAGCGUAGUUUCCGAACUUUUCAGGCUCUGAAAAAACACCUUGAGACAAGCCACCUGGAGCUGAGUGAGGCUGACAUCCAACAGCUUUAUGGAGGCCUUCUGGCCAAUGGGGACCUCCUGGCUAUGGGAGACCCUACCCUGGCAGAGGACCACACCAUAAUUGUUGAGGAAGACAAGGAGGAAGAGAGUGACUUAGAAGACAAACAGAGCCCAACGGGCAGCGACUCUGGGUCAGUACAAGAAGAUUCAGGCUCAGAGCCAAAGAGAGCUCUACCUUUCAGAAAAGGCCCCAACUUCACCAUGGAAAAGUUUCUAGACCCUUCUCGCCCUUACAAGUGUACAGUCUGCAAGGAAUCUUUCACUCAAAAGAACAUCCUACUAGUGCACUACAAUUCUGUCUCCCACCUGCAUAAGUUAAAGAGAGCCCUUCAGGAAUCGGCAACUGGUCAGCCAGAACCCACCAGCAGCCCAGACAACAAACCUUUCAAGUGUAACACUUGUAACGUGGCCUAUAGCCAGAGUUCCACUUUGGAGAUCCACAUGCGGUCUGUGUUGCAUCAAACCAAGGCCCGAGCAGCCAAGCUGGAAGCUGCAAGUGGCGGUAGCAACGGGACGGGGAACAGCAGCAGUGUCUCCCUGAGCUCCUCCACCCCAAGUCCUGUGAGCACCAGUGGCAGCAACACCACCAAUCCCAGCAGCACUGGCAUCCCUCCGAGCUCCAAUUUACUGAGCCAAGUGACCACUGAAAGUGUAGGGAUGCCGCCCCUGGGGAAUCCCAUCAGUGCCAACAUCACUUCCCCUUCAGAGCCCAAGGAGGCCAAUCGGAAGAAGCUGGCGGAUAUGAUUGCAUCCAGGCAGCAGCAGCAGCAGCAGCAGCAACAGCAGCAGCAGCAGCAGCAGCAGCAGCAGCAACAGCAAGCACAGACACUGGCCCAGGCCCAGGCCCAAGUUCAAGCUCACUUGCAACAGGAGCUGCAGCAGCAGGCUGCCCUGAUCCAGUCCCAGCUGUUUAACCCCACCCUGCUUCCUCACUUCCCCAUGACCACAGAGACCCUGCUGCAACUGCAGCAGCAGCAGCAUCUCCUCUUCCCCUUCUACAUCCCCAGCGCCGAGUUCCAGCUCAACCCCGAGGUGAGCUUGCCAGUGACCAGCGGGGCACUGACACUGACGGGGACAGGCCCGGGCCUGCUAGACGAUCUGAAGGCUCAGGUUCAGAUCCCACCACAGAGCCACCAGCAGAUCCUGCAGCAGCAACAGCAAAGCCAGCUCUCUCUGUCCCAGACUCACUCUGCCCUGCUACAGCCCAGCCAGCACUCCGAAAAGAAAAACAAACCGAUCAGCAAAGAAAAGGAAAAAGAAAGCCAGAGAGAGAGGGACAGUGCCGAGGUGGGAGAGGGCAACCCAGGACCCAAGGAAUCGCUGCCAGAUGCCUUGAAGGCUAAAGAGAAGAAAGAGUUGGCACCAGCAGCUAGUUCUGAGCCUUCCAUGCUCCCUCCACGCAUUGCCUCAGAUGCAAGAGGCAACGCCACCAAGGCCCUGCUGGAGAACUUUGGCUUUGAGCUGGUCAUUCAGUACAAUGAGAACAAGCAGAAGGUGCAGAAGAAGAAUGGGAAGACGGAGCAGGGAGAGAAUCUGGAAAAGCUUGAGUGUGACUCCUGUGGCAAGAUGUUUUCUAACAUCUUGAUUUUGAAGAGUCAUCAAGAACAUGUUCAUCAAAACUAUUUUCCCUUUAAACAGCUAGAGAGAUUUGCUAAACAGUACCGAGAGCACUACGACAAACUGUACCCCCUGAGGCCCCAGACCCCAGAGCCGCCGCCGCCACCUCCCCCCCCACCUCCUCCACCCCCUCUUCCUGCAGCACCACCUCAGCCCGCUUCCACACCAGCCAUCCCCGCGCCCGCCCCGCCCAUCACCUCGCCCACGAUUGCGCCCACCCAGCCCUCCGUUCCGCUCACCCAACUCUCCAUGCCCAUGGAGCUGCCCAUCUUCUCACCACUGAUGAUGCAGACGAUGCCGCUGCAGACCUUGCCGGCUCAGCUGCCCCCUCAGCUCGGACCUGUGGAGCCUCUGCCUGCGGACCUGGCCCAGCUGUACCAGCAUCAGCUCAACCCCAGCCUGCUCCAGCAGCAGAACAAGAGGCCUCGCACCAGGAUCACCGAUGACCAGCUCCGGGUCCUGCGGCAAUAUUUUGACAUUAACAACUCCCCCAGUGAAGAGCAGAUCAAAGAAAUGGCAGACAAGUCUGGGUUGCCCCAGAAAGUGAUCAAGCACUGGUUCAGAAACACCCUCUUCAAAGAGCGGCAGCGGAACAAGGAUUCCCCUUACAACUUCAGCAAUCCUCCUAUCACCAGCCUGGAGGAGCUCAAGCUCGACUCCCGGCCCCCUUCGCCGGAACCUCAGAAGCAGGAGUACUGGGGAAGCAAGAGGUCUUCGAGAACAAGGUUUACUGACUACCAACUGAGGGUCCUACAGGACUUCUUUGAUGCCAAUGCUUAUCCAAAGGAUGAUGAAUUUGAGCAACUCUCUAAUUUACUCAACCUUCCAACCCGAGUCAUCGUGGUGUGGUUUCAGAAUGCCCGACAGAAGGCCAGGAAGAAUUAUGAGAAUCAGGGGGAGGGUAAAGACGGAGAGCGGCGUGAGCUUACAAAUGAUAGGUAUAUUCGAACAAGCAACCUGAACUACCAGUGCAAAAAAUGUAGCCUGGUGUUUCAGCGCAUCUUUGAUCUCAUCAAGCAUCAGAAGAAGCUGUGUUACAAGGAUGAGGAUGAGGAGGGGCAGGAUGACAGCCAGAAUGAGGAUUCCAUGGAUGCCAUGGAAAUCCUGACACCCACCAGCUCCUCCUGCAGCACCCCGAUGCCCGCACAGGCCUACAGCGCCCCGGCACCGUCAGCCAACACAGCUUCCUCCGCCUUCCUACAGCUCACAGCAGAGGCCGACGAACUGGCCACUUUCAGUUCAAAAACAGAGGCAAGCGAUGAGAAACCAAAGCAGGCUGAAGCUCCCAGUGCACAGCCAAACCCAACCCAAGAGAAGCAAGGACAACCAAAGGCAGAGCUGCAGCAAGACCAGCCUGAGCAGAAGACAAACGCGGCCCAGCAAAAGCUGCCCCAGCUCACUUCCCCCACUUCGUUACCACAGCCUCCUCCACAAGCACCCCCGCCUCAGUGCCCCUUACCCCAGUCGAGCCCCAGUCCUUCCCAGCUCUCCCACCUGCCCCUCAAGCCCCUCCACACGUCGACUCCUCAGCAGUUGGCAAACCUACCUCCUCAGCUAAUCCCCUACCAGUGUGAUCAGUGUAAGUUGGCAUUUCCGUCGUUCGAGCACUGGCAGGAGCAUCAGCAGCUUCAUUUCCUGAGUGCGCAGAAUCAGUUCAUCCACCCCCAGUUUUUGGACAGGUCACUGGAUAUGCCUUUCAUGCUGUUUGACCCUAGUAACCCACUCCUGGCGAGCCAGCUGCUCUCUGGGGCUAUACCUCAGAUUCCAGCCAGCUCGGCCACGUCUCCUUCGACUCCAACCUCCACAAUGAACACUCUGAAGAGGAAGCUGGAGGAAAAGGCCAGUGCGAGCCCUGGAGAAAACGACAGUGGCACGGGAGGAGAAGAGCCUCAGAGAGACAAGCGUUUGAGGACAACCAUUACACCGGAACAGCUAGAGAUCCUGUACCAAAAGUAUCUCUUAGACUCCAAUCCAACUCGAAAGAUGUUGGAUCACAUCGCGCACGAGGUGGGCUUGAAGAAACGUGUGGUACAGGUCUGGUUCCAGAAUACCCGAGCCCGGGAACGGAAAGGACAGUUCCGUGCGGUGGGCCCAGCGCAGGCCCACCGAAGAUGCCCUUUCUGCAGAGCACUCUUCAAAGCCAAGACUGCCCUCGAGGCUCAUAUCCGGUCCCGUCAUUGGCAUGAAGCCAAGAGAGCAGGCUACAACCUAACUCUGUCUGCAAUGCUCUUAGACUGCGAUGGGGGACUGCAGAUGAAAGGGGACAUUUUUGACGGAGCCAGCUUUUCCCACCUACCCCCAAGCAGUAGUGAUGGCCAAGGUGUCCCCCUCUCACCUGUGAGUAAAACCAUGGAGUUGUCUCCCCGAACUCUUCUUAGCCCUUCUUCCAUCAAGGUGGAAGGGAUUGAAGACUUUGAAAGCCCCUCCAUGUCCUCCGUUAAUCUGAACUUUGACCAAACUAAGCUGGACAAUGAUGACUGUUCCUCUGUCAACACAGCAAUCACGGAUACCACUACUGGAGAUGAGGGCAAUGCAGAUAAUGACAGCGCGACGGGAAUAGCAACUGAAACCAAAUCCUCUUCUGCACCCAGUGAGGGGUUGACCAAAGCAGCCAUGAUGGCAAUGUCUGAGUAUGAAGAUCGGUUGUCAUCUGGUCUGGUCAGCCCAGCCCCAAGCUUUUACAGCAAGGAAUAUGACAAUGAAGGUACAGUGGACUACAGUGAAACCUCGAGCCUUGCAGACCCCUGCUCCCCGAGUCCUGGUGCAAGUGGGUCAGCAGGCAAAUCUGGAGACAGUGGGGAUCGGCCAGGGCAGAAACGUUUUCGCACUCAAAUGACCAAUCUGCAGCUGAAAGUCCUCAAGUCGUGCUUUAAUGACUACAGGACGCCCACCAUGCUAGAGUGUGAGGUCCUGGGCAAUGAUAUUGGACUGCCAAAGAGAGUUGUUCAGGUCUGGUUCCAGAAUGCCCGGGCAAAGGAAAAGAAGUCCAAGUUAAGCAUGGCCAAGCAUUUUGGUAUAAACCAAACAAGUUACGAGGGACCGAAAACAGAGUGCACUUUGUGUGGCAUCAAGUACAGCGCUCGGCUGUCUGUACGUGACCAUAUCUUUUCCCAGCAGCAUAUCUCCAAAGUUAAGGACACCAUUGGAAGCCAGUUGGACAAGGAGAAAGAAUACUUUGACCCCGCCACUGUACGUCAGUUGAUGGCUCAACAAGAGUUGGACCGGAUUAAAAAGGCCAAUGAGGUCCUCGGACUGGCAGCUCAGCAGCAAGGGAUGUUUGACAAUGCCCCUCUUCAGGCUCUUAACCUUCCUACAGCAUAUCCGGCGCUCCAGGGCAUUCCUCCUGUGUUGCUCCCCGGCCUCAACAGCCCUUCCUUGCCGGGCUUCACUCCAUCCAACACAGCUUUAACAUCUCCUAAACCGAACUUGAUGGGUCUGCCCAGCACAACCGUUCCUUCCCCUGGCCUCCCCACAUCUGGAUUACCAAAUAAACCGUCCUCAGCAUCGCUGAGCUCCCCGACCCCAGCACAAGCCACCAUGGCGAUGGCCCCUCAGCAACCCCCCCAACCCCAGCAGCAGCAGCCACAGGUGCAGCCGCCGCCGCCCACAACUCAGCCACCCCCGACGCCGCAGCUCCCGCCACAACAGCAGCAACAGCAACGCAAGGACAAAGACAGCGAGAAGGUAAAGGAGAAGGAAAAGGCACACAAAGGGAAAGGGGAGCCCCUCCCUGUCCCCAAGAAGGAGAAAGGAGAGGCCCCCGCAGCGGCCACAGCCACGAUCUCGGCCCCGCUGCCCGCCAUGGAGUACGCAGUGGACCCUGCGCAGCUGCAGGCCCUGCAGGCAGCCCUGACUUCAGACCCCACAGCGUUGCUCACGAGCCAGUUCCUUCCUUACUUUGUACCAGGCUUCUCUCCUUAUUAUGCCCCCCAGAUCCCUGGCGCCCUGCAGAGCGGGUACCUGCAGCCUAUGUAUGGCAUGGAAGGCCUGUUCCCCUACAGCCCUGCGCUGUCGCAGGCCCUGAUGGGGCUGUCCCCGGGCUCCCUACUGCAGCAGUACCAGCAAUACCAGCAGAGUCUGCAGGAGGCGAUCCAGCAGCAGCAGCAGCAGCGGCAACUACAGCAGCAGCAACAAAAAGUGCAGCAGCAGCCCAAAGUAAGCCAAACCCCAGUCCCCCCGGGGGCUGCUUCCCCAGACAAAGACCCUGCCAAAGAAUCCCCCAAACCAGAAGAGCAGAAAAACGCACCCCGUGAGGUGUCCCCCCUCCUGCCGAAACCCCCCGAAGAGCCAGAAGCGGAAAGCAAAAGUGCGGACUCCCUCUACGACCCCUUCAUUGUUCCAAAGGUGCAGUACAAGUUGGUCUGCCGCAAGUGCCAGGCGGGCUUCGGUGACGAGGAGGCGGCGAGGAGCCACCUGAAGUCCCUCUGCUUCUUCGGCCAGUCUGUGGUGAACCUGCAAGAGAUGGUGCUUCACGUCCCCACGGGCGGCGGCAGUGGCGGCGGCGGCGGCGGCGGCGGCGGCGGCGGUAGUGGCGGCGGCUCGUACCACUGCCUGGCGUGCGAGAGCGCGCUCUGUGGGGAGGAAGCUCUGAGUCAACAUCUCGAGUCGGCCUUGCACAAACACAGAACAAUCACGAGAGCAGCAAGAAACGCCAAAGAGCACCCUAGUUUAUUACCUCACUCUGCCUGCUUCCCCGAUCCUAGCACCGCAUCUACCUCGCAGUCUGCCGCUCACUCAAACGACAGCCCCCCUCCCCCGUCGGCCGCCGCCCCCUCCUCGUCCUCCGCUUCCCCCCACGCCUCCAGGAAGUCGUGGCCGCCAGUGGUCUCCCGGGCUUCGGCCGCGAAGCCCCCUUCUUUUCCUCCUCUCUCCUCAUCUUCAACGGUUACCUCAAGUUCAUGCAGCACCUCAGGGGUUCAGCCCUCGAUGCCAACAGACGACUAUUCGGAGGAGUCUGACACGGAUCUCAGCCAAAAGUCCGACGGACCGGCGAGCCCGGUGGAGGGUCCCAAAGACCCCAGCUGCCCCAAGGACAGUGGUCUGACCAGUGUAGGAACGGACACCUUCAGAUUGUAAGCUUUGAAGAUGAACAAUACAAACAAAUGAAUUUAAAUAAAAAGAUUAAUAACAAACCAAUUUCAAAAAUAGACUAACUGCAAUUCCAAAGCUUCUAACCAAAAAAAAAAAAAAAAAAAAAAAAAAAAAAGAAUCAAAAAAGAAAAAAAAAGGAAAAAAAAAAGAAAAAGCGUGGGUUGUUUUCCCAUAUACCUAUCUAUGCCGGUGAUUUUACAUUCUCUUUUCUUUUUUUCUUUUAAUAUUAAAAAAGAAAAAAAAAAACCUUAACCCUGUUACAUUGUGUCCUUUUGAAGGUACUAUUGGUCUGGGAAACAGAAGUCCGCAGGGCCUCCCUAAUGUCUUUGGAGCUUAAACCCCUUGUAUAUUUGCCCCUUUUCAAUAAACACCCACGUUGAUAGCACAGAGGAGCCCGGCAUGCACUGUAUGGGAAAGCAGUCCACCUUGUUACAGUUUUAAAUUUCUUGCUAUCUUAGCAUUCAGAUACCAAUGGCUUGCUAAAAGAAAAAAAAGAAAUGUAAUGUCUUUUUAUUCUCAGGUCAAUCGCUCACACUUUGUUCUGUUUUCAGAAUCAUUGUUUUAUAAUAUAUUUUCAGUUUUUUUUGUUUUUGUUUGUUUGUUUUUGGGGGGUUUUUUUGUUCCAGAAAAGAUUUUUUGUUUCAUUAAUUUAAAAAACGGGCAGAAAGUAUUCGAGAAAAACAAUGUGAACUGCUUUAGCUUUCUGGGGAUUUAAGGGAUAGCUUUUCUGCUGAAGCCAAUUUCAAGGGGAAAAGUUAAGCACUCCCACUUUCAGAAAAAAAAGAAA